AUGAAGUUUGGCAAGACCUUUAUAGGUCAUCAGAUACCAGAGUGGUCUGGUGCCUAUAUGAACUAUAAAGGCCUUAAGAAGCAAAUAAAACGUAUCAGCUUUGAAUUACAGCAAUUGAGAUCUCAGGAAGUCGAUUCGGUUGGUUUACUCAAAAACGAAACUAUCAAAACGCAUUUGGCCAAGUUCUUUUUUGAUCUGGAUAGGAAUAUUGAAAAUGUUGACGACUUUUUUAACAAGCAGUAUUCUGAGUAUGAGAGAAGAUUAAAAAAAAUCAUUUCCAUUAUUAGCGUCUUUUCUGAUAGUCAAAACCAAAAUAUCGAAGAGGAAGAGCUAGACGAACUUUUGAACGUACUCAUUAGUUUGAGAUCUGACUUUCGUAAUCUUAAAUGGUAUGGUGAGCUCAACAAGAGAGGAUUUGUGAAAAUUCUUAAGAAACUGGAUAAGAAGGUAGGAACUACCUGUCAAAGCCAGUUUUUGAACUCUAGAGUCUAUCCUCUGUCAUUUGCCAACGAAUUUGAUAUUCUUCGUCAUUUGAAUACCAUAAAUAAAUAUUUGACUGAGUAUGGUCCUUGCUUAGAAAAGUUGUCUCCCUCAAGUGCUACAAGUUUAAAGAUGGAUUUGAAAGAUCUGUCCAUUGACACAGUCUUAAAGCAACAAUCGAAAGAAAAGCAGAGUGCUUUGAAUGCAUUGGACAUUUACGUAUCCUACAUUGAAAAUGAUGAUUCUGAAGGUCUUAAGAGACGAUUAAUCAAAGAGAAUCAGUCGUUUGACAGAAUUCCGAUGAAGUUACUAAUCUCUUUGCUCAAUAAAGCUGCCUUGAAGACUAAAUACAAAUGCAUCGAUUUGAUCAUUGUCGCUAUUCCGAUACUGGGUGACAAAUCCGAUAUCAGUGGUCGUAAUUUCUUUCACCACCAUGUCAUUGCAUUGGGAAAACAAUAUGCUAAAGCUUCGGAAUUGCGCAAGGAAAUGAAGAAACAGCACUUAUCAUUCCAACCUGCUAUGACUCCCGACGAAAUCCAUCAAAGUCGACGUCUUGGAUCUUUUGGACCGGAUGGUAUCAACUCCAAUGAUUCCCCCAAUGGAUUACUUUACAUCUUUCAAAAAAUCCCAGAACACUUGAAGUUCGGCAUUUUACAGAGGGAUAAUUAUAAGAGAACACCUUUGCAUUAUGCUGCGCAGUACGGGCUGAGAGAAGUGACCAAUAUUAUUGUACAGUGUCUUAAAAGGUGGGGAAUGUGGCUCGAUAAUGUUUCAAUCGAUGAUAUAUCGGUCUGGGGGGAUUCAGACCAUUUGACCCCGUUACAUCUAUCAGUUUUAGGCAAGCACCCAUUGACAUCAGAAGUUUUAGUGAAUGCAAUGGGGGAAAAUGUGCCCCUUGCCUGUCCCAAACUUCUGCUUAUAGCCUCAAGAUUAAGUUCCCCUCCAUUAAUGAAGCUUCUUCUGAGUUGUCAAGGGAUUAACAUUGAUUUUCAGAAUCCUGAGAAUAACGAGACGGCAUUAUACAUUGCUUGCCAUUUGAAUCUCUUGACACAGAAAUUGGUGAAUCAAGUUUUGGGUGGGACUCCUUUGUUUAUUGCUGCAUCUGAAGGGCUGGAAGAUAUUGUGAAGCUUUUGAUCAGCUAUGGAGCAAAAAUUGAUGUUGUGGAUGACAGUGGGUGGACUCCAAGAGAACACGCCUGCUUGAGAGGCCAUCCAUCUCUUGCUCCAAUUUUAACCCCAGCGGAUUACGAUCCUUUCGAAGAAAUCAAGAGGGAGAAGGAGAAGGACAAACUAAGAGAGAAAGAAAAUGAAAAAUUCAAGGAAGGGGACGUCGAAAAACUGAGACUUGGCUCUGAAUCAGAAGGAACAAUAUCUCCCCAGAGUUCUACUCAUAGCAUUUUUGCCCCAGGAUCCCCACUACCCGUUAGACCUUCGGAAGCUCCAGGAAUCUAUGACUUGGAAUUGACAAGUACUUCAAGUAUAGACGUUCUCCCAGAUCGAAAUAAUUCUACUAGCAGGGCUGAAAAUAGAACAACCAGUCUCAAUGACGAGACUUCUAAGGUUUACAAGGCUUUCAAAAGCAAUUUGAACCUGAAGGAACGAAGUAAACAAUCACCAUCACCAGUUCCAAUAAAGUCAUUUGGACAUAUGUACUUAAACCCUGAUGAAGCAAUCGUUCUCAUAACUCUAGGAACAACGGAUUUGCGGGAUACCCAUGAAGCAAUUGACUUGAAAAGAGUGCCGAUCUCUAAGGCUUAUGCGACGGAACUGGAUACGGCUUUGUCGGUUGUAAUUAGACCACCUGAGAGACUUUCUCAUGAGAAUCAUCCUGUUGUCCUAGAUCUUCCACUGGAUGAUACUCAUGGAAGCGCUACAGAUCCAAUUACAUUUAAGUGUUCGAAGCAGGAAGCAGAGAAUAUGAUUAUUUACUUUGACAUUGUACCUACCUAUUCUUUUGAUAUGAAUAGAAACAGAGAUGCCUUUUAUAUUGAUUAUAAGCAGCACGAGAAUGGUUCAGAAGCAAAUAAACACCAGCACCCGGACAAGAAGGUUUUAGGAAGAGCAGUCGCUUUACUAUCAAGUGCUUAUACUUCUGUUGGAACAAAUUAUAGAUCUUUGAACAACGUUAUUACCGUUCCAAUUCUAGAGUCUGAUUCUCUAGAGGUCUUGGGAUCAGUAAGGUUCGAGUACAAACUUGUGAAUGCUUUUACUCACCCAAAACUCACAUUUGAUAGAACCGAAACGUACUGGAAGUCAUUAGUAUCUACCAGGCUUAUUGGUCACAGGGGGUUGGGAAAGAAUAGCAAUAGCCGCAACUCGCUACAACUCGGAGAAAACACAGUGGAAUCAUUUAUUGCGGCCGCUUCAUUGGGUGCGUCAUAUGUGGAGUUUGAUGUUCAAUUGACAAAGGACAAUAUACCUGUAGUCUAUCAUGAUUUCCUGGUUGCAGAAACUGGGCUUGAUGUUCCAAUGUAUGAGCUGACAGCUGAGCAAUUCCUGGGAUUGAACCAACCCCAUGGAUUAUUCCGCAAGAGUAAUGAUAGAGGCGAAACUCUUGAUGACAAUGUUCUGUUAAAGUCAAGAAAUAAUUUGAGCAGGCGAGGUAGGGCCAUGUCUUCUGUCGAUGCUGGCAUCCUUUCACACAGAUCCAAAUCAAGUGAAAACGAAGACUUGGAGCAGACUUGGAAAGCCAACAAGUUCAAAGGUAACAGUAGAGGAACUUCGAUCGCUUCACCAUUUGUCACUUUGGAGCAACUAUUUAAAAAAUUGCCAAAAAACGUUGGAUUCAAUAUUGAAUGUAAGUAUCCAAUGCUGGACGAAGCCCAAGAGGAAGAGAUGAGUCUGAUUUUCCAUGAUCUAAAUCAUUGGGUUGACACAGUUUUAAAGGUUGUUUACGAGAACGCUGAAGGAAGGGAUAUUAUUUUCUCCUCAUUUCACCCUGAUAUCUGUAUUCUUUUAUCUCUGAAACAGCCUUCUAUCCCAAUUUUGUUCCUAACCGAAAGUGGAACACAGCAAAUGGCUGAUAUCAGAGCUGCUUCUCUUCAAAGCGCUAUCAGGUUUGCAAGAAAAUGGAACCUUUUGGGCAUAGUAUCUGCUUCUGAGACAAUUAUCCGGGCACCUAGAUUAGCGGCCGUUGUCAAAGCUUCUGGAUUAGUUUGCGUUACUUAUGGAGUAAUGAACAACGAACCCGCCAAUGCCAAUCUGCAAGUGAAAGCAGGAGUUGAUGCUGUUAUUGUAGAUAGUGUUCUUGCUGUUCGUGAAGGACUACGAAAUCGUGAGAACGAGGAACAACAAGCUGAAGAUGUAUAG